AGCAAAAUGAAAGAUGCCUGGUAUUUCUGGGUCUCCAGCAUGCUCUGGGUAUGGCCUGUGGCAUCAGGACAUCCCUGCAAUAUUGACAAGCAGGGAUGGGCAGCCUGCAGUGGAAAGAGCCUUCUCCGUGCUCCAAAAUCUCUUCCCAGACAUAUCACCAACCUGGACCUGUCUUUUAACUCAUUGAUAAUGCCCAGACAUGGAACAUUUCUGAGAAGCUUCCCUUCCCUGCAUUCCCUAAACCUCUCCAGCAAUACCAUUCCUACUCUCUAUCCUGGCCUCUUUGGUAACCUGGGUGCUCUCCACCUCUUGGAUUUAAGCAGUUGCGGCAUUUCCAACAUGCACUCAAAGAGCUUCCUGGGCUUGAAAAACCUUCACGUACUGCUCCUGAAAAACAAUAAACUUCAGUAUCUGGAACCCUCUGUGUUUCCUGUCUCUGGAAACCUCGUCCAUCUGGACCUGCAGGACAAUGAGCUGUUAUAUUCAGCUGAACUUGCUCGGUUACUCGUGCAAAGAAUCCACCAUGUUGAGCUUCAGGGGAAUCCCUGGGUGUACAGUGCCUCCAUCACUCCUUCCCAACAGGGACUACAACAAACAGAAGCUGAGCUGAUCCAUGAUUCACGCCUAGAGCUCCAGACUAAAGAGAUUGGAACUCUGGACUAUCAGGACCAGGGACACAGAAGAAAAGUGAGGGCCCCUCCGGAUGAACAUUCAACUACUGGUAACCUGACAUCUAAAAAUUACACCUCUACUACCACACUUCCCCCUGGAAAAGUUGCUCAUAGCUGGCCAUACUUCGCUGCAUUUGUGCUUUCGGCUAUCGCCAUCUCCAUUGUGAUUGCGUUGGUUGCUAAAUGCAAAUUGUUGCAGAGGAACCGUGCCAGCUACAACCAUCAACGGCUGCCUGAUUCCCGCUCCAUUGGAAGCAGCCAUGCUGACGAAGCUGACAUGGAUGUGGCCUAUGGGAGGAACCAAGGGAUCCCUAGAGUAGCUGGGUGUCCUGCAGAGGAUGAUGAUGGUUUCAUUGAAGAUAACUACAUUGAACCCAAUCAAGGCUUGCAGGAAGAAGAGGAGGAGGAGGAGGAGGAGGUGGCAGAGGAGAAAGAGAAUGAAUUGGAACCCCAUUUCAAACUUUGAGAGGAUAUUAGGAACCAAGCCCCGAUUUUUCAUAUUCUCCAAUACCUUAUCACCCCAUUUUCUAGGAGCUUCCAGUUAUCUCAUACUUGUUACAGAUUCUCCUACCUGAUCUGCAACCCUUAGCUUCUUGCCAACAACUAUAUCUCCCCCCCCUUUUCUGUACAUUGAACUGCAGUAGCUUCUCAAUACAUUUCAUUUGUGUAA